ACUUCCGCUUCCGGCUUUAAGCUUCCGGAUCCGGCGCGGCAAAGACUGUGGCGGAGUGACGCAGAGAUCGGCAGCCAUGAUCGAAGUCGUCUGCAACGACCGUCUGGGCAAGAAAGUACGAGUAAAAUGCAACACCGAGGAUUCCAUCCGCGACCUGAAGAAGCUGAUCGCGGCACAGACCGGGACUCGCUGGGACAAAAUUGUGCUCAAGAAAUGGUACACCAUCUUUAAGGAUCACGUCACGCUGGGCGACUAUGAGAUCCACGAUGGCAUGAACCUGGAGCUCUACUACCAGUAACGGCUCCCAUUCCUUCCCGCUUCCUCCCGGUGUUUUCUGUGGGAUUCCCCCCUGCCCCCCCAUCUCUGCCCCGGUAUGGCUGAGCUGGAGCCCUGUUUUGAGACUUUAAACGUGCUGUAGCUGCCCUGGAGUGUUUAAGUGGUUUAUAAUAAAUGUGUUUCUCCGA